UUGUAAUCAAAAACAAACAUUUAACCAACCGAAAUUCAAAAUCCGAAGCUAAAAUCAGAUACACGAUCAGAUAAUCAAACAACAAAAUAGAAAAUAUUUUUCAAUCUCAAAAAAAACAAAAUAGAAAAUAUUAAUACAUUUAUAUAUAUAUACAUAUUUAUCUAUUGCAGAUAAGUUAUUAUGGCGUUUGAUGAAAAUAUGAAAAUGGCGUCUUUCCUUAGACAAGAAGAAGAAGAACAUCACUGUUCUCUGUCAAGACUCUCCGUCUGUUGUAACUACGACGGCGAUGAAGCCGACGGAGAACCAUCUGACUCCGACGGUAAACUUGUUGGCGGAGGAGAGAACUCAUUAAUGGAGCAGCUAGAGCUUUCAGAUUCGGACAAAGGAUCAACGGGUUGUCAGUCGCUUCCGGCGACACCUCCGAGACGGAGACGGCGGCGGGGAGGAGCAGUGAAUUCGCCAGUCUCCGGCGAUAAAGCAUACGCGAGCGAGAACGAAGCGGGAAAGGAAAAACAUGGGAGUGAUAACAGACAGAGGAUGAGGAGGAGGAGACUGAGACCGGAGUAUCCGCCGUGGGUGGAUAGCAGCAUGCGGAGGAGCCACAUCGAUGAACAGAGCGGUUACGGCGGAGGAGUGGUGGUGGUGACGAGGCCUAUAGGAGGAGGAAGGCCAUUGUGUAUGGAUUUAGGAGAAGUCAAAGCUUGUCAAGAUUUAGGAUUUGAGAUUGAACCGGGUCAGGUCUCGUAUACCGGGUCAACUAUGGAUACUAGUAGUGGCGGCAAUUCUCCAAUCUCCUCUAACCACCGCAUCUCCAGUCCCGGGGAUGAUCCAAAAGAAGUGAAAGCGAGACUCAAGGCGUGGGCUCACGCUGUGGCAUUUGUGUCUACUACUCAUCAUCAGAUUCAUCACCAACCUCCUAAUUCUCUAUGAUCCUCUUACAGUUUUCUUUUUUCAUCACAUUAUUCACACAAUCUUGAAGAGAAAAAACUUGCAUGCAUAAACUGUGUGUUUUACCGCUCUGUUUUUCUGUAUUUGUGUGUUAGAGGAUGAGCUUUGGCAAUUGAUAUGGUCUCAUAAGCCAAAAGUAUAGAGUUAGAUACAAGUUUAAGUAAUAGCUACUGAAGUUUGUGGAGUGAUUUCUCCAGCAUUAUUGUAAUAUUUCAACAUUUUAAAUUAAUAUGGAAAAUACUAAGAUUUCUAAAAUUAAAAACAA